UUAGCCAAAAUCAAAGCCCGAAACGAAAACGAAAUGUUCAAGCUAUCGUUGCUAGUGGGCCUGGCCCUGAUCCUGGCUCCUUCCAUCACCCAGGCCAAGUCCCUGUGCCGCCAGAGCGGCUACUUCACCCUUGUGGAUAACACGCCGCACUUCUACGCCUGCCAGUCCACCGGUGUCCGAGGUGACUUCUCCGUGCGCCACCUGCGCUGCCCCGCCGGUCUGGUCUUCAGCUCCUCGGUGGCCCAGUGCAUCCCGUCGAUCGCCGCUUUUGAGGCCCGUGAGGAUAGCAACAUCGAGAACCCCACCAUUCCGCCACUGCCACCCAGCAAUCUGGAUGAGAGCACUAGUGAGGCUCCUGUAACCACUGGAAAACCCGCCACUGAGGCUCCUGCACCCACUGAAGCUCCCGGAACCACUGAAAAGCCAGCUACUGAAGCUCCCGGAACCACUGAGAAACCAGCUACUGAGGCUCCCGGAACCACUGAAAAACCAGCCACUGAAGCUCCCGGAACCACUGAAAAACCAGCCACUGAGGCUCCCGGAACCACUGAAAAACCAGCCACCGAGGCUCCUGGAACCACUAUAAAGCCAGCUACUGAGGCUCCCGAAACCACUGAGAAACCAGCCACUGACGAACCUGUCACCGAUGACCCUGCCACCGAAGAGCCUGCCACUGAUGAACCUGUCACCGAUACCGAUGAACCUGUCACCGAUGAGCCCGUCACCGAUGAGCCGAGUAGCAAUGCCACCGAUGACGGUGACGUCACCGAAACCACCGCAGAGCCCCACAAGUGCGCCACCACCGGAUUCUUCCCGUCGGACGAGAGCUGCACGAACUAUGUCCUCUGCAGCUAUGCAAAUGGCGAGGACCUCAAGCCGUUCACCAUGAAGUGUCCUCAAGGCAUGCAGUUCGAUCCUGUCAAUAGCUGCUGUGACAAGAAUUUCGACUGCCUGGCUUAAAAAUCAGGAUGCCAGUCGAGGAUUGGUUGGCUGAGAACGAUGAGAAGCAAUAAAACCAGUCAUUGCAACCAUUUAA